GCUCACAUAACCAUAUUUCAUAUUUCCUAAUUGUGUGUGUGUGUGUGUGUGUGUGUAUAUAUAGUUAUAGCCCCUCCCUCUCACUCUUAUAUGAUCAAUACUUCUACUUCAUGAGACCUCAAACUAAAGGCAAAUUAAGAACACGGGACAAGGGUGACCGAAUCGUUAUACUUUUGCGCUGAAUACUAUUAUGGCGGAGGAGUUUCAAGCCAGGAUUUGUGGCGGCAACCCAUGGUGGAGUUCAUCGAGACACGUGCUGGCGGCGUCACCGUGUUCUGUGGGUUUUAAUGAUCAUAUGGGGGGCUUCGGGUACCCCAACGACAUGGUGGACAUCAAGGCAACAAGGUCUUCCUGCGGUUUUGGUCUUUCAUCAUCGUUAUCUUCAACACCCUCAGAUUUCAACCAAGCUUUGCUCCUUCGCAGUAGUAGUGGAAGAGGUGAGAGCAAUUUUCAUAAUUCUAUGCUCCAAGAAGAUAUGGGUAUGAACACCAAGUUGAACACUGGCGCCCUAGGCGAUGAAGAAUCAUCUUCUAUCAUAAAUGUUUUCAAGCCCAUGAAUCAAGAUUUAUCUUUAGACCAAUUAGGUUCACCAUCGUCUUCUGGCUUUCCUAUAAGCUCAUCGUCAUCAGCUGCUAUUUCUUAUGGCUUCUCCUCAGCCUUAAUGUUGCAAACUCUAUUUGAUUCUGAACCAGUACCUCAAACCCAACCCCAACAAUCAGUUUUCAACAACAAUCAGUUUUCAAAUGGCCCGUUAUUAUCACCUUCUCCUACUAGUAAUUGUUGGCCGCCGAGAUACUCUCCAAACAGUUGCCUAAGACCCUCAUCGCUACCAAAGCAGUUACAACCUGGUGUUGGUGGCGGUAGCUUGCACUUUUCCAAUAACAUUAGUACACCCUUCUGGAACGCCCCCACUCCCGCGGCUUUAAAUCAAGACAAUACUAUUCGAUCUAGUAAUGAUCUGUUUUCCUCCUCACAAGCACAGUAUACAACACCUUCUCUGUCACCUUUUCAUGAAAAGAAACCCAAUUCCAACAACUUUACCACCAAGGCCAAUACUAAUGGAGAUGUCCAAGACUCAAGCUCCUCUGUUGUAAAGAAAAGUAGCAGCAGCGCCUGUGAACCUGUAUUCAAAAGAGCUCGAAUUGAAACACCUUCACCCUUACCGACUUUUAAGGUUCGGAAGGAGAAGCUUGGGGACCGGAUCACUGCUCUCCAGCAAUUGGUUUCACCUUUCGGAAAGACUGAUACAGCUUCUGUCCUCCACGAAGCUAUUGAGUACAUCAAAUUCCUCCACGAUCAAGUCAGUGUUUUAAGUACUCCAUAUAUGAAAAAUGGAGCUCCCAUGCAACAGCAACAGGGUACUGAUAAAAUGGAGGAGGCCUCGGAAGGAGCACAACAAGAUCUACAAAGCCGAGGACUCUGUUUGGUUCCAAUUUCAAGCACAUUCCCGGUUGCUAAUGAGACCACAGCUGAUUUUUGGACACCAUCAUUUGGAGCAACUUUCAGGUGAUCAGAAGAGAAGAGCUGAGGAAGCCAAGGCCUAAAGUGCAUGCUGAGCCAACUGCUAGCAGGACUAAUGAUCGAUGUAGAGCUAGCAAGCGAUUAAAUAUUAUAGACCAUUUCAAUUUUUAUGUAAAACUAAUUAAUAUAAGUUAUCAGUUAGGAGAUGAGUUUGGAACAGGAACAGGUGCUAAAUUUAGCGGAAGUUGAUAUUAUAUUAGGGUUUAGGGAUAUUAAGUUGUUGACAAUAGCUGAAUUUAGCAGAUGGGGUGUAAAGAGCUGCCUUUUGUUCCUGUUCAUGUAUGUUGAGGGUUGGCACCACCACCUUUCCAUUAUCUCAGAGAAGAGAAAAAUAAAUAGAUUUAAAGCGAUUUGAAUUGUAGUUAAUUGAUUUAUAUAAUGUAUGUAUUGUUGAUUGUUGUAA